AUGGAAUCCUCCCAGAUCACUGGGGAUGAUGGCGAAGAGUGCAACAGUAAUGAAUCCGGCUGGACAAUAUACCUGGCCUCCCCCACAAGUAGCGAUGAUGCAAAAGAGAAUGCCAGUGGAGGAAGUAAUGUUGAAGAUGGCAGUGGCUACAUCAGUGAGAGGAGGAAAGGGAAAGAAGCAACCAAUGCAGAUGAUGACGCAGAUUAUGAUUCCCUGGCAUCUGAUGCUUCCACGGGGCCAGCUCAAGUGAAGGUGCUUGAAGGCAAAGAAGAAAAAGAUCAUCACAAAAAUGAUGGUUGUAGCAAUGAACAUGGCAAGGAUGAAAAAGAUGAGAUACUUACCAAAUUCUCCAACAGCGGCAACAAAAAGGUGGGAAAGAUGAAGAAAGGGGAUGAGAAAAACAGCAAAAGAGGGCACAAUAGAAGACGUAGCUCAUCAAGAACAAGCUUCUUUUGGUAAUUGAUGUAAAGUCCUUGCUCAUCCAUUUUCUUUCUUAUCAAGCUAGAAUCCA